GAAAGAGGAGAAGAAACAAAAAAAGAGAAGAAGAAAAAAACUCUGAGAGAUAAAGAAAACUACUUUGUUCCAUUCUCGUCAUUCUAGUGUGUUGGUAAAAUGUUGGAAACGAAAAAGAAAAUGUUUAUAAUCAAUUAACAUUUUGCAAAAGAAAAGAAAAUAAUAUAAAAAUUAUAUUUUGCCUUUCGAUUUUAUCUUUUAUCUUUUCUCUUUUAUCUUUGUUGUGUUGUUAUGUUACUAAAGUUAUUCGUUUGGUUUCAUGAUUGUUGAUUUGCAAUUAUGACCGAGAUUGAGGAUCAAUUGUUAAGUGAAAUUAAGGAGCUUCUUGGUGAUGGACUUAAUCAACGUAAUUACCACACCCUGUCUGUUGUUUAUGGUCGCAUGGAAUCGGCAUUGCAAUCAAAUAAUCCAGAUUGUAAAUUGGUUAAUUCAAAUGGCCAUAAUGAUGGUAUUGAUCCGCAAACAGGUUUCCCGAUGAAAAAGCGAAGGAUUAAAAAUGUUGGUCCACCAGUUCGUCCACAAUGUUCAGAAUGUGGUAAAGAUUUUAGUAAUCGAAGUGCACUUUCUAAACAUAAAUUGAUCCACAGUGAUGAACGUAAAUUUGUUUGUAAUAUUUGUGCAAAAGCAUUUAAACGUCAGGAUCAUCUAAAUGGUCAUAUGUUAACUCAUCGGGAUAAAAAACCAUUCGAAUGUGAUGUGGAAGGAUGUGAGAAAACCUAUUGUGAUGCAAGAAGCUUAAGGAGACAUAAAGAAAAUCAUCAUGCCAACAACAACAAUAAUAACAACAACAACGUACAGGUAGUUAGUGUACUUCAAGGUGGAAAUUGGAGUCAAGAACUGAACCAAUUACUUGGCGGCGGAGGUUGUGGUGGAAAUAGUAAUAAUAAUAAUAAUUCUAAUGUCAGUAAUAAUAAUGAUACCACGACGGCAAAUAAUAAUUUGUUAACCAUCAAUGUAAAUAAAAUUUAUCCACAUUCACCUCAUCAUCACUUCAACAACAACAAUAAUAAUAAUUAUAACACUACGACGUCCACAACUACUACUACUACAACAUCUACAACCACUACUACAACUACAAAUACUACAAAUCAUCAUCAUAAUUAUCAAAUUCAUUCGCACUCAGUGCCAAACACUCCGACGAAUCUCAAUCCAUUACUUUCUCCUGCUGUAUCUCAUCAAAUAUCAACUCACGCCAACCAUUUCAAUCAAUCUUUACCCUGCACACCCACACAGACAAAUUCAUUUUCCUUUAGUCCACAUCAAGUUCAACAAUAUCACCAACAACAAGCAUCUUUACCUUCAACACCAACUGAUAAUCAAAUGCAGUUGAAUUUUCCAGCUCAACAACAAAAUUCAGUUUCAUAUUCCAGUCCAUCUUAUAACAUGACAACAAAUAAUCCUUCCAAUGUUCCUGUUUUUAAUUAUCCUCCAACAGAAUUACCACCUCCAACAACACCAACCACCCCCUCACUACCAUCAAAUGGACAACAACAACAACAACAGCAACAAGGACAACCAAGUCUCCAACCUAUUUAUGAAGAAAUGAACUACGAAUCCAAUGAAGAAACCAGUGUAAUCGUUAAUGGCCAUGAUGUUAAUUUUGUUAAUUUUGAAGUUGAAUCGUUAAUUGAACAAAUAUCAACAGAUCAUGAGCAAGAGCAUCAUGAUCAACAUCACCACCAUCACCAACAACAACAACAACAACAACAUAAGAAACAGAAAAACACACAAAACUCAACAAACUACACACAACAAGUAUCAUCAUCGCAUCUUGAUGCAACUCAACAACAAAGUAGUGACCAUAGUGACCAACUAGUUUUAGUCUCCACCAACAAAUCUCAAAGCUUUUUUCCUAAUGAUGAUCUCGACGCGCAAUCAUUGGAUGGCCCCUCUGUGAAUUAUAAUUUAAUUGACCAUCUAAAUCAACGUACACACCAUUUAAAUCAACAACAACAUCUUCUUUCUCAACAUCUUUCAUCAAAUCAUCAUUCACAUCAUUCUCAAAACACUCACCAUCACCAACAACAUCAACAACAACAACAACAACAACAUCACCAACAGGUUCAACAGCAACAUCAUCAUCAACACCAGCAACUAUCUCACCAUCAACAGCAAACUGCAGCAAUUCAGUUUAACAGGCAUCAUCAUCAUCAUCAUCACCAUCAUCAUCACAAUCAACACCAACUUCACAAUCAACAUCUUCACCAACCUCAACACUCUCACCAUUCACAUCAUCAACACCAACAAGGUUCACACCCUCUUCCAAGUAUUACAAUUACCAAUACUUCAUCACCUCCAUCAACGACCAGCGAAGGUCAAAUUCAUCGUAACCGAUCUGGGAAGGGUAUAAAUGUCCAUAGAGGAAAAGGUGAAUCAUUUGUGGAAGCCCAUUAUGUGCAAAGUAAUCUGUUCAAAGAGGAACGUAAAGAUAAGGAAACUUGUAGCGAUACCAUUACCCGAAUCACUAGUACCAUUAAUCUAUCAACAACACCAACCUCAGCAGCAACACCAGUUAUUGAAUCAACUUCCGUCUUCAAUUCUUCCAACGGUACUUCAUCCAAUAAGAUCGAUGGUAAUGAGUUGAUGGAAUCUAAUUCGUGUUCUCUUGUUAAUUCAACCAGUAAUAAUAAUACUAAUUCCAACUACAACAAUAAUACUAACAGUAAUCAUUUGAAUAUCGAUAACAAUAAUAACAAUACUGUGUUAAUACACAUUUCCAACAUCAAUAAUAAUACAUCAAGUUUACCUUUUGGCUCUGACUUGCCCACCCCACGCUCAACACUGAGAAGCUCCUCUUCCAAUCUAGUCAUAAACCUUUCACCUGAAGAAACAAAAGACAUUGACGAGGAUGAUGAUGAGGAUGAUGAAGAGAUUGACGAUGAUGAUACUUUUUCUGGUAACAAUGGUAAAGAUGAGCACAUUGGAGUUUCCUAUGAUGAAGAUGAUGACGACGAAGAUGAUGAAGAUGAGGAUGAUGAUGUUUUUAUAAAUCCCGCCGCCAUUUCACCGGUAACAUCACCUAAAAGUAGUAAUCAACAUAUUUCCAUUAAUCAUCUAAAGGAUAAUAAUUAUAAAAGUAUCGUUAACAACAACAACAACAAUUUAACAACAAUCACGUCCACUUCUCAGCCAGUUAACUGUUCACCCUUACAUACAUCUGUAAUCACCAAUAAAAGUAGCGUUAUCAAGGUGACCCCGGUCGAUGAGAGAUCAUCCCCUAAAAGGCCAAAGCAUAAGCCCGAACCAUUGUACAUACCACCUCACGUUAACGCAUUCGGUCAGUAUGCGUCCAGGUUAAGGUCACCUCGUCUUUGGGAUCCAACUGGACUUCAUUCAUUGCCAUCGCAUGAUGUAAACAAAAGUUCACCUCCACCAUAUACACCACCACCCAUGCUUUCACCAUUGAGAAAAGGUUCUGGUCUUUACUGGGCCAUCAUCAGUAACGGCAAUGUGACACCAAAAUCGGCAAAUCUUGGUACCUUCAUUAAUUCAAGGAAAAGUUUGUCUCAAACAACAUCAAUAUGUGAACCACCCACGAGUGUUGUUAAUUUACAAUUAAAUGAUUCUAGUGCAAAUAAUGUUUCUGCAACGUCUUCUGAUUCAACAAUAACAACAUCAACAACAACAGCAACAGCAACCCAACAUCAUAAUGCAAAUAAUUCAACAAUCAAUUCAACAUCAACUAUUAUACACAACAACAUUACCAACAACAAUAACAAUAAUAGUGUUAUCAUUAAAAGCAGCAAUGUUAAGGAAAUUUUCUGUUCCAAAUCAAGCGAGCUUAUCAUUUCAUCAACUCCCACCACGGCUUAUGAACCAGAUUCCCCUUACAAUUUGGAUCUAUUACCAUCGGAAAGUGAUAUUCAACCACAUGUAAACAUUGGCUCCUCAUAUCAAGCCUCAAUUCCAGCCUACAUUGGCGAUAAAAUUGAUAUAUCAAAACGUUAUCGUCGAGAACGAGCUGAUCUUGUUUGGAAUCCCAUUGUUUUAGAUAAAUUAAACCAAUCAGAGGAUCUUGAUUAUUAUCUAGAAUUGGCUUGUUCAAGUUGUGUUCCUGGUGCAGGUCGUAAUAUUGAAUUUGCAUUACAUUUACUCAAUAUAUGUGAUGGUGAUCUCGAGGAAGCAAUUAGUAAAUUAUUAAACACAGAUCCAAUCAAAUUAAAACCAGAUCAUCCACUGAUAGACUAUCAAUAUCCAGAAAGUGAUGUUUGGUCACAAGAAGAAAUUAAUCUCUAUUAUCAAGCUCUAAUUAAAUUUGAUAAAGAUUUUAAUGCUAUCGCUCAGAAAGUUGAAACUAAAACUGUUAAAGAAUGUAUACAAUUUUAUUAUCUAUGGAAGAAAAUCUGUCCCGAAGAGUACAAAAGACUACGAAUCGUUCGUCGUCGUAAGGAACAAGAAGGUCUUUUCUAUAGUAACCCAGUUGUUACCAAAGAAGAGGAAACGGAAGAUAAUGAUGUCGAUAAUAAAAGUGCUGUUGACGGAGAUGAUGAUGCUCUGUCCAUCGAUUCACCAAUGAAUGCCUCACCUUCAUCGGUCAGUUCAACUACGACCUCAGCAACUCCAAUUGGAGGAGUUGUAGUAGGAAAUAGUAAAGAGAAAUCUGGACUUUUUCCAUGUCGAGUUUGUGGUAAAGUUUUUUCCAAGGUCAAAUCUCGAUCUGCUCACAUGAAAGUUCAUGGAGCGGGAGCCGCAGCUAAUCCUGCUUAUUCAUCGGCAGCAACUACAAAAUGAUCUACACAAAGAAAAGCACACAUACACACACACCAAGUGUAAACACUCACAAAAGACCUAACCACAUUUACUUAUUCAUAUUGUGAUAUACUGAUUAACAGGGUGGACAGAUAAAUCUCUGUAAAUUUUAACACAGAAAGACAAUUGUUAUUAUUGAAUCGGGUCUUGUCCACAUUGUUGUAUUUACCACAACCGUUAAUUACGACAAGACUUUUUGGAUCGAUUUUGUCGCUGUUCUGUCGCAUCUUGAUCCCUGUGCACAUGAUAAACAAAAAAAAACCUCCAUGUUGUCUUCCUCUGAUAACCUUUAACUUUUCCUCUCUCUCUCUCUCACCUUGAAGACACCAUCGUGUUGCCUAUUUAAAUCUAACUCAACAAAUAAUAUAAUUAAUCAUCUCAAAUGUUAUUCAUUGACCAAUAUUUUUGCUCUUCAUUGUUUCUCUCACUCACUUGUUCUAAUAAUUAACAUUGUAAACAAUUAAUUGAAUAUUUUUGAUGUUCAUUAUCUCAUCAUCAUCACAAUCAUCAUUAUCAUCCACUCAAUAACUCACUCAUACCAUUAAUUGUCACCCUCCAUCUCUUCAUAUUAUCCACAUUACUUUAUAUUUUUUGAUUUUUUUUUCUCAGAGAUAUUUUUGAGUUAUCAUUGACUCCACUUUAAUUGUUUAUCAUGUUGAUUAACUAUUGUCUGUUUGCAUUUUAAUCAACAUGAAAUUAUAAUUAUCAAUGAUCUCUUAAAAUCUCAAUUACCCCUCCAAACAAACAAAAACACCAAUUAACUGUCAUCCAAAACAAAAGUGUUACAUAUAUUUAAUGAAUGGAAACCAUCAACCAACUUUACUAUUACCACUACCACCACCACCACCACCGCCAUCAUCGGAAUGAUGAUGAUGACGAUGAUGAAAAAGGAAAAGAAAAAGAUAAUUUAAAUUAUUAAUCAGUUACAUUAUAUGUUAAUCUCUUAAUAUGUGUGUAAUCCAAUUUAUUUUUGAUUUAAUUCACAUUGAUAAUCACCAUUGGCCUUUUCUCACUUG